AUGGCGCAACCUCUUUCUGUUGACGCAACAGAGGUUUGGGAUGGGGUGGACGGGAGCUGGUCGACGUUCAUCGUCCGCGUAGGAACUCCUGAGCAGUAUUUCAGUGUAUUGCCAUCCACAGCAAAUCAGCAGACAUGGGUGCCAAUACCAGAAGGUUGCGACAGCAGCCGCGUUGGAAACUUUAGUAACUGCGGAGAUAGCCGAGGGGUCUGGCCAUUCGAGAACGAAAACAGCAAGGGCUUCCAAUCAAACCAGUCGUCUACCUGGGAGACCAUUGGCAUCUACGAGCUGUACCUCGAGGAGCAUCUGGGGAUAGACGGGAACGGGCUAUUCGGAUAUGAUUCCGUGGGCCUCGGCGCAUCAGGCACCGCGGUAGAGAAGCAGGUCGUGGCCGGUAUUGCUACAUCGAACUUCUGGCUCGGCUCGCUUGGACUUGGGGCGAACUACACCAACUUCUCUGAUGAGGAACAACCGUCAUCCUUGUUGCGGACACUGAAAGACUCGGGAUCCAUACCGAGUUUAUCGUACGGUUACACAGCUGGAGCUCCUUAUAGAUAUUCGAAAGUCGUCGGCAGUUUGACCCUUGGAGGUUAUGAUUCCUCGCGAUUCACCACCAACUCUAUCUCGUUUCCGUUCGGUUCCGAUUCGGAACGUCCGUUGGUCGUUGGACUCCAGUCGGCGAUUGGGACAGACACUCCCAACGGGACGGUCUCUCUCUCAGGGGUUGGCAGCGGAAUCCUUGCAGUAAUCGACUCGACUGUUCCAGACUUGUGGCUACCUGAGGCGUGGUGCGACCUUUUCGAGGAUGUGUUCGGGCUUAACUACGUCGAAGAGACGGGUCGAUAUCUGGUCGAUGACGAUCAACACGCAGCGCUGUUACAACUCCAGCCAACUCUCACAUUCACACUGGGCGCUAGCACCACGGGCGGCACUAUUAGUAGAUUCGAUCUCCCUUACGCUGCCUUUGAUCUCGAAGGGCAGUACCCUGUGUUCCCGAACGCGACGCGAUAUUUCCCUAUAAGAAGGGCAGCGAAUGACUCGCAGUACACUAUCGGUCGUGUGUUCCUCCAAGAGACUUAUUUGACGGUCGACAGUGAACGCGGCAUCUUUAAUGUCUCGCAAGCUAAGUUCUCGAACCCGCUGCCUUCAUCGGAGCUGGUUGCUAUAGUAUCGCCGUCGGAUGCCACGAACUCGACCGCAGGCGGGAAUUCUACGUCAUCGGUGGUUUCCGAGGAUACUGAGAAUGGAAUCGGAGGAGGCGCAAUUGCUGGUAUAGUUGUUGGUGUCGUGGGCGCGCUGAUGAUUGUGGCCGGACUCCUGUUCUGGUGGCUCCGACGUCGCCGCAACCAGCGUGGUGAAUGGCCAGAUGCGGGGACCACCGAACACAGCGCCGAGGACGGGCGACCACCUCAGUAUGGAGGUGAAUUGAUUGGCAGUGCUGCCAAUGUCCCUGAGCUAUCUGACGGAAAAGCGAGGACGGAGACAGCGACACCAAAGUCGAGACAUGAGGCGGCGAGUGCCACGCCUCUUUCAGAGGCAGGGGGCAGGGAAAAGUAUGAGGCGGAAGGUAGUACGCCAUUCUCAGAAGCGGCGGGGACAGAGAGAUACGAGGCCGAGGGAAGCACCCCAAUGUUCGAGGCGGCUGGAACGCCUAAGUACGAGGCUGAAGGGGAUACGCCCAUGUUUGAGGCAGACGGACGCUCACGUCAACGUGUAUACGAGGCAGAGGGUAGCACACCUGUGUACGAACUUCCAGCGGGAUAA